AUGUCUGCCUCGGCCGCCAGAGAUCCUGUUGUGAAAACGAAGCAUGUUCGUUUCGCUAGAAUGGAGGAGGAUGAUAAUAACGAUGACCAAGAGGAACAUACUCUGUUUGACAAGAGGAAAGACACGAGGCGAGGGGUGAAGAGUGUAAUGAAAGGGAGGAAGAGGAGUUCGAAUUCGGGGUUCGAUGGUGAGGUUGAGAUAAUCGGUGGAGUUAGCAGCGCCAGCGGUUCUGGAGGCUACAGCCGCUGGAUCAUCACCUUGGCGCUCUGUGCAUCAUUCCUCGGACUGGUAAUGACGAGUGCUUGUUAUUAGGCUAGUAGGUCAGCCCAAGUGACUGAAUUUGACCAUUUUGUCAACAUCAAGGCCCUGAAAUGAGCUACUAUCAUUCUAUCAGGGGUGUAUUCAUUACGGAAAACGUUUACCGUUUAAGAACCAAACAGAGCAAAACGAGAGUUUCUGUUAGACAAAUGCAGGUACCGGUAGGUCCCUCCACGUUUCGUUCCGUUUGCUUCCGUUUAAGAAACGUUUUGCAACAAUAUUGGCGGAAUGAAUACUCCCCUGGUUUAUUGCAUAUUUUGGUUUGCAUGGAAAUUAUUAUUAGGAUUUUGUUUCCCUAUCCCCAUAUCUUAACAAACACUCAAAUGCAGGUUGUCUUUAAAUGUUUAAAGCUUAAUCUUAUUGUACACGAGUCUCACAUGGUUAAUGUAUGUAUUCCCAUUCAAUAAGAUCUAGCCUUUCCAAGUUCUGUGAUUGUGGUUCUUUCAGUGGUUACUUUAUUAUUCUCAAGUAAAAUGAGCGUUGUUAGGCCUAUAUCUUGAAUGAGCAGGAUCUGUAAAACCAGCCAGGUCACCCAUGAUACAAGUCAGUAUUCGAAGUCCAUCCAUGUCUGAGGACGUGGAAAACGGCCAACAUGGGCAACAGCGAGCGCUGUUACCUUCAAGUAGGUUUCGGUUUUAAUAGGGCAUUGGAAGGCGAUGGGCGUAAGCAUAUGCUUCUGGUGCCAAAGGUUGCAUGUUCGACCCCAGCGAUAGAAAGUUGUUUUUGAGAUUUUUGUUUUAAGCCUAUGCCAAACAAUAACCCUUGCCUUAAACUUUCGGAAUUCAUGCCUAAACUCUGGGGCCAAAGAUUGCAUGUUCGAAUCCAGCGAUAGAAAGUAGUUUUUUAGAUUUUUGUGUUAAGCCUAUCCCAAAACUUAACCAUUCUGAGUUAAUGACAAUACUUAACCAUAACCUUAAAAAUUCGGAGUUAAUGCCAAAACUUAACCUUGAGCACUUCGAAAUUUGACGUUUGAGAAACAUGGAGGAACGUUUCAUUCUGAAGUAAGACAGAGCUAGUUGGUAAAACUGACUCUUCAACUUCAGAACUUUUACUUCCUGGCACCUGGCCAAAUGUACAAUUUUGAAUAACUGUCUUCUUAGAAAGGGACAUGAAAACAACAUAUUUACAUUCUUUACCAUUGGCUGCCACACAAAGUUCAAAAUAUAUGUAUCCUAGAAAAUGAUAGGGACACCAAUGUUUGCCUGAUAACUGCACAAGGGGCAGGGCUGUAUCUUACAUAUACUUGACAAUACUAGUAAGUCUUUUUUAUUAUUUCUGUCUUCCAGGGGAUGUGUAUCUCUGUUUUAGGCCCCACGUUUCAAGACCUGGCCAUCAACGUCAACCAGGACAUCAGCAAUAUCUCCUACAUCUUCAUAGGCCGCUCCAUGGGCUAUAUAGGUGGCUCUGUGUUGUCAGGGAUUCUCUUUGACUGCAUGAACAGCCUUCUGCUGCUGGGUAUGUCUAACAAAUUAAAAUAUACAUAGACUUAACUCAAACCGCAAAUACAUAGUGUCCGUUGGCAAAAAACAACAACAUAUUUAACCUCUAAGCUUUGUGGUCCUGUGUGGCUCAGUUGGUAGGGCAUGGUGCUUACAAUGCCAGGAUUGUUGGUUUGCCAGGGCCAUCCAUAUGAAAAAUGUAUGCAUGCAUUAUUGUAAGUUGCUUUGGAUAAAAGCAUCUGCUUAAUGGUAUUUAUUAUUAUUAUUAUUAUUAUUAUUAUUCUGAACAAAAAUAUGAACCCAACAUGUAAAUUGUUGGUUCCAUGUUUCAUGAGCUGAAAUAAAAGAUCCGAGACAUUUUUCAUAUGCACAAAAAGCUUAUUUUUCUUAAAUUCUGUGAACAAAUUUGUUUACAUCACUGUUAGUGAGCAUUUCUUAUUUGACAAGAUAAUCCAUCCUCCUGACAGGUGUGGCAUAUCAUGAAGCUGUACUGAGAACAAAAAUAAAACACAACAUGCAACAAUUUCAUAGAUUUUACAGUUCAUAUAAGGAAAUCAGUCAAUUUAAAUUAAUUCAUUAGGCCCUAAUCUAUGGAUUUCACAUGACUGGGCAGUUGUGCAGCCUUGGUGGGCCAAUCAGAAUGAUUUUUUUCUCCCACAAAAGGGCUUUAUUACAGACAGAAAUACUCCUCAGGGCUGGCGUGGUUACACGUGGUCUGCGGUUGUGAGGCCGGUUGGACGUACUGCCAAAUUCUCUAAAACGACGUUGGAGGCAGCUUGAAAUGAACAUUCAACAGCUCUGUUGGACAUUCCUGCAGUCAGCCUGCCAAUUGCACACUCCCUCAACUUGAGACAUCUGUGGCAUUGUGUUGUUUGACAAAAAAAUGUAAGUGGCCUUUUAUUGUCCCCAGCACAAGGUGCACCUGUGUAAUGAUCAUGCUGUUUAAUCAGCUUCUUGGUAUGCCACACCUAUCAGGCGGAUGGAUUAUCUUGGCAAGGAUAAACAGGGAUGGAAACAAAUUUGUGCACAACAUUUGAGAAAAAUAAGCUUUUUGUGCAUAUGGAAAAUGUAUUUGUUGCGUUUAUAUAUUUUGUUCAGUGUAAUUAAACAACAUGAUCAUUACAUAGGUGCUGGGGACAAUAAAAGGCCACUUUUAAAAUGUGCAGUUUUGUCACACAACACAAUGCCACAGAUGUCUCAAGUUUUGAGGGAGCGUGCAAUUGGCAGGCUGACUGCAGGAAUGUCCAACAGAGCUGUUGCCAGAUAAUUUGUUAAUUUCUCUACCAUAAGCCGCCUCCAAGGUCAUUUUAAAGAAUUUGGCAGUAUGUCCAACCGGCCUCACAACCGCGUACCCAGUCAUGAGAAAUCCAUAAAUUAGGGCCUUAUGAAUUGAUUUCAAUUGACUGAUUUCCUUCUAUGAACUGUAACUCAGUAAAAUCUUUGAAAUUGUUGAAUGUUGCGUUUUAUCUUUUUGUUCCGUAUGUAUUAGUGUACACAGCAUGCACAAAAUAGCCUUACUGUAAAUGCAUCACCUAUGUUUAUCAAAGAAUGCUGUAGGUGUUUUUUGUGGGUGUUCAUUACCAUUGCAUGGUGCACUGUAUAACACUGUAUCUUCAUCACAGGCCUCUCCAUGUUGGUGACAGCGUUUGGGAUGUUUGCCAUCCCUUUCUCUAAGACAGCCCUUCUCCUCACUGCUCUGAUGUCCAGUAUUGGAGUUUCUAUGGGCUUUCUAGAUACAGGUAGGAACAGACAAUCUAUCUUUAAUAUAGUAAAUAGGUACCUACUUACGGCACAGUACAAGACAUGGUCGUCAGUGAAUGCCUCUGAUGCCGUUUGCUCUCCUCUCUGGCAGGUGGUAAUGUCCUGAUCCUGCAGACGUGGGGGGAUCAGGCUGGCCCCCACUUGCAGGCCUUGCACUUCAGCUUCGCCGCAGGGGCCUUUGUCUCGCCCAUCAUCGCCAAGCUGCUCUUUGGAACAGACUUGGACCUGGAUGUGGCUACGAACGGCAGCAUGGCAGCAUCGCUGGCAACAUCAACCACCCUGGCAACAUCAACCUCCCUGCCGGCAACAUCAACCUCUCCGCCAAACUCAACCUUCCCGCCUGUCACAGAUAUGUCCCAAAUCUUGUCUCCUUCUACACUCAUGUGCUACAGUAGCAGCACCCUCAAGUCCAUGUGGGCCUACAUUGUGAUCAGUGGUUUCAUCCUGUUAAUCUCCCUCCUCUUCUUCAUCCUCUACGCCCGCCACAGGCCCUCUCAGGGCAGGGCCCAGACCCCCUCAGGGAAGCCCCUGGUGUCCAAGCAUCACAACGCACUCAUCGCCAUGCUUUUUGUAUUUUUCUUCUGGUACGUGGGGGCCGAGGUGGCGUACGGCUCCUUUAUCUUCACAUAUGCUAAGGAUUAUAUCCAUAUGGACGAGGCCCAGGCAGCAGGGCUCAACUCCCUGUUCUGGGGGACAUUCGCUGCCUGCCGGGGCCUGGCCAUCUUCUUUGCGCCCUGCAUGCACCCAGGCACCAUGAUCCUACUGAGCCUGGUGGGCUGCACCCUGUCCUCCCUGUUCCUCACUCUCUUCAACAGGAACAGGGUGGCCCUGUGGCUCUGCACUGGUGUCUACGGUGCCUUCAUGUCGACCACUUUCCCCAGUGGGAUCUCCUGGGUGGAGCAGUACACCACAGUGACUGGUCGCUCAGCGGCAGUUUUCGUGGUGGGGGCGGCCCUGGGGGAGAUGGUCCUGCCCGCCCUGAUGGGCUUCCUGAUGGGGAGGAUCCAUGGUCACCCCCUGCUGAUGUACCUGACCCUGGCCAGCGCUACCAUCACCUCCAUCCUCUUCCCCUUCAUGUUCUGGCUGGCCUCGUCCCCCAGCGGCCCCAGCAGGACACCCCGCAUCAGGGGCCGCAAGGAGCCUGACGACAGCGAGUACCGCCAAGGCCUGCUGGACUCAGGAGCCAAUGAUGAGGAAGAGGAGCAGCAGGAGGAUGACGAGGCAGACCAGUGGAAUGACGCCGACUUUGAGGUAAUCGAGAUGGAUGACGCCAGCCUUAUAAACUCUCAGAAUAAAGCAUUGUUAUCAUCUCAUAGCAAAGCGCUCUCAUUAUCUCCUAAUAAAGCAUUGUCAUCUCCUAACAAAGGGCUCCCACCACCUGAUGUUGCUGGAACUUCAGGCGACAUCAGCGCCACAUCUGUCCCGUCCACUACCCAGUCCCUAG